UUUACAGCAUGUCAUAGUCAGGCAAUUGGUGUGACCAGCAGUGAUGCAAUUCCAGAUGGCAGCUUCUCAGCCUCAUCAAAAGCUUAUAAUGAACGUGGACCUUCAGCUGGUCGUCUGAAUGGAAAUAAUCGGGGUUGGGCACCAGAAACUAAUACUAAUCACACUGACUACCUACAAAUUGACCUGCAGUAUGAUUAUGCUAUCUGUGCUGUAGCCACUCAAGGAUCUUUCAAUAAUGAUCAGUGGACAACAAAGUACAAGAUUAAAUUAUCAUUGGGUGUCACCUUUAACACAUAUAAAGAAAACAACACUGAGAAG